GACUUCGGUGGCGAUAGAAGGGGACAGCAAAGAUAAAGUGGUGGUGACCGGGGAAGAUGUGGACGCGGUUUGCUUGGGCAGGAUGCUGAGGAAGAAGUUCCGGUGUGUGACGGUGCUGACGGUGGAAGAGGUGAAGCCCAAAAAGGAGGACGACAAGGACAAGGACAAAGGCAAGCCCAAAUGUUGUACAGUGUGUGUGGUGCCGCUUCCUCCCUGCGUGAGGUGCCGCAGCCCCAAGUGCGACGGUGGGUGCAAGCCGUGCUGCAAGUGCCAGAGCCCCAGGUGCGACGGUGGGUGCAAGCCGUGCUGCAAGUGCCAGAGCCCCAGGUGCGACGGUGGGUGCAAGCCCUGCUGCAAGUGCAACAGCCACAGGUGCGACGGUAAGUGCAAGCCGUGCUGCAAGUGCGAGAGCCACAAAUGCGGGGGUGAGUGCAAGCCGUGCCCGGGAUGCCGCAGCUACCGGUGCGGUGGUCAGUGCGUUUCGGUGAUCUGCUACGGUCACUGCCCUCCUUGGGUCUCAUGUCCCUCUUGCUGCGCUAAGCCUUUCUCUUCCCAUUGUUACAAUGUCGUUUAUGAUCCUCCACCGUCUGAUUCUUGCUCCAUCCAGUGACUCCACCGUUAAUCUUUUUUCAUUCCAAUUCUCACUCUUCCCACACAUUCAGAAACCACUUCUGUUCCUUUCACUUUCCUGUACUUGCAUGUAUGCUUCUUUCUGCCUCUACUGUUGUCGUUUUACUCAUUUUAAUUUCUGCUUCCUUCAAUAAAUUAAAGCAUUAUUCGUAUAGUUUGCGUAUUCGCCUGCUUCCGCAUCCACCA